UAGAAAGAACUCAAAUAAAAGGUGAAGUCACUUUAAUGUGGAAAAUGAUGCAUGUAAAAAUGUUUGGUUGGGUUCUGAGAAAAUUUACGAAGCAUUUCCGCACUGAAGAACACCAAAACUACACUUCUUCUUUAGCUCAGUUUAUAUGUGAGGAAGGCAGUUCAGGUCCUCACUGGCUGUCUUGUUUCCUCUGUUGUAUGAACCUGUUACAAGGUCAUUUUGCUGGUUUUCACAGAUCAUUGGUGGGCUCACCGAUGAUAUCAUUGAUGAUGCAGCACCUCCUGCCUCUCGCUACUCUGCUCCUUCUGUCCAUUGUUCCCACUGAAACCAAAGUGGUGGCAUCAGUGGCACAAUGUAAUGAGUCUUUUCUUGCGCAAACUCCACCAAACAUCCCAGGAAUUUUAGUGGGAGGGAAUAUCAACGACCACAACAGAUACAAAGUGAUUUGCCAAACUUUGAGAGACAUCAGGAGGUUUGUGACGCUGUACGACACCAAGAACAGGAUUCCAGUUUUUUCUGCUGCAGAGUACAGAGGGGGACCUGCAGGCAAGAGGCCCAAGAUCAAAUGGAUGAUUGAACCACAGCUUGAAAACCCAACUGGUGAUGCCAAUAUGAUACUACCAGAAAAGAACAUCUUCUACACCCACCAGGCUGGGAACAUUGAUUACCUCAACCUUGGACAGUUUGACAAAGGACAUUUAUUUCCAAGUUCUUAUAGAUCUGAUGAUGUUGACAAAAGAUCUACCUUUACCCUGACUAACGCUGUUCCACAAAGAAGACGAUUUAACAAUGGUAGGUGGGAAAAAAUGGAGAGAUGUGUUAAAUGCAUUCUGGAUAAUUACUGCAUUAACAAAAACAAACAAACAGAAGGCUUUGUAGUGAUCGGAGCACAGCCCAGUAGCAGCUUCUUCCUCAACAACAGGAUGAAUAUUCCUUCAGUGCUGUGGUCGGCCUUUUGCUGUUACAGUCACAGUCAGAACAAAUGGCUGGCAAGUGCACACUGGGGUGAGAACAAAGAUGAUGGCCUGAAAUAUCUGGAGACCAAGACCUUGGGAGAACUCCACACAGAGCUGGGAAUUGAAGCAUUUCCUGGAAAACACUGUCCUAAUGACACAAGUGUCACUCAGCUUUACUCAGAACCUGCAUGUAAAUCCCAUUGCUGACAAUAAUGGAACAGAAAGAAGAGUACAUCUACUCCUCCUACAACCACUGCUAUGCCUUCAGAUUCAACACUUUUGUCUUCUUUUUCUACAUCCAACUCACCGAUCCCUCUCAGCACCACAACUUUCUCGUCACCUGGAACAUCUGUCCCACUUUCCCCCACAUUUCCAAAUUACAGUACCACAUCUGGCAAUCCAACAACUGGCCCUCUGGGUACUACAACCAGUGUUUCUACUGCUGCAACUGUCCAGAUUUCUAGCACAUUUGUCAAAAAGUUUAGAGUAGAUGAGAGUGAUGAGAUGAGGUGGUGCCUUGGAGAACAUCAGAAGCAUUAUUGUGAAAUGGAAGGCCAUCAUCAGUUUUUCUCAGGUUUAUUGAUCAUUUCAUGCUGUUUUUCUUACCA